AUGCUUUUCUGCUUGUUCGCCGCACUGCUCAUUUCCACCGUUCUCCCGACAACGGCCCUAGACUUUAACGGUCAGUUUUCUUGAUGUCUAGACUUUCGGUUUCAAUAACAUGAUUAGCGAUCUCAUUGAAUAGUGCAGACAGAUUAUAGUUUUCACGCUAGACAUCGUCUUUUCAGACUACGCACUGCAAAGAAUCGCUCGUGCUCCACACCCAUCGUCCGCUCUUCUCGUUCCUUAUCCACGUGUCGGAAAACGAAGUGAUAUCAAGUAAUACAAAAAAUAGAAACGGUGGAUUAUGGCAGUCACUUUGUUUCAGACAUCUUUACUCGGAAAAUCACUCUGCCGGGAAUGCGGUUCAGAAGCGACUCUACAUGGCACGAGUCGGGAAGAGAGCUUUCUUCUACGCCCCACGCAUUGGAAAGUGA